AUUAAACAGAAACAUGCACCGUAUAAGUAUGAGGACAAGUUCAUGCUUUCACACUAUGAAAUAAAAAAUUCAAGGUCUGUAGAAGAAAGUUUGGCUCUCAACAAUUCUACUUCUCUGAUUUCUAGUCCAAAAAUUCAAACUUUUUGAAUUUUGGGUAGGCAUAAUAAUACUCCAAGUCUUUAUGGAUUUCGAUUAAUUAGAUUUGAUGGGCAAGCCGAUUUUUUUUGGCCUAUAUAAUAUCUUAAUGAGUUAGCCAAUCUAGAAGGCCAAAUUCUAGGGUUUAAUAGUUGAUAGCUUUUAUAUAUAUCCUUCCAGAAUUUAAAGCCUUUUUGGGCUUAUCAGGGAAGGAGAUUCCUUUCAAUUGUUUCAUGGUUUUCUUCACAUUUAAAGGAAACCCAACCUGAAGAAGAAGCCAUCUUUCUUGUAUUUUCUUACAAAAGAAAAAAGCUUCAAAAACCUUUGUUUCCUCUCCAAUUCCUCUUCCUCAAGAGCUUCGACGACAACAACAAUGGCUGACCAGCAAAGGAUCCACCCAGUCGAUGUAGAAGCACCACCCACCGCUCCUCUCGCACCGAGGGAUGCAGUGAUCUCGGAGAAAGGAGACCCGCCCAAACAGUUUUCGCCGUUUCAUCGCACUUUUCCGGUGAUGCACUCGAAGCCACCGAAGCGAAAGAAUUGUUGCUGCCGUUUCCUUUGCUGGACCAUGUGUUUCCUCAUCACCCUUAUAAUACUCAUAGGCAUAACACUCGGCGCGCUUUAUCUAAUUUUCAGGCCUAAAUUACCCGAGUACUCCGUGGAUCGCCUGAGGAUCACUGCUUUCAACUUCAAUCCAACUGAUAUGAGCCUCUACACGCAGUUCGCCGUGACAAUAACAGCAAAAAAUCCGAACAAGAAGAUUGGAAUUUACUACGAGGAUGGAAGCCACUUGAGCGUCUGGUAUUCGGAUACGAGGCUUUGUACCGGAGCUCUACCUAAAUUUUAUCAGGGCCAUCAAAAUACCACUGUUAUGGAGGUGGCUUUGGCAGGGCAAAACCAGGUAGGGAGUGGUUUACAGGCUGCAAUAGCUGAGCAGCAGAGCACUGGAAUGGUGCCUUUGUUGUUUAGGGGUGAUGUUCCUGUGAGAAUCAAAUUUGGGGCACUCAAGUUGAUGAAGAUAACUUCCAAGGUUAGGUGCAAUUUGGUGGUUGAUAGCUUGAGUGCCAACAACCAGGUUAGUAUUAGAACUGGGUCUUGCAAAUUCAGGUUGAAGCUCUGAGCUCUCUCUCCUACAGAUUGAAGCUCCCUUCUCUCUUUUACAAGUUAGGACACCCCUUCUCUCUUUUACUUCUUAGGACACCCCCUUCUCUCUCUUUAUAAUUUUAGUUAUACCAUUUUCUUUGAUGUUACCAUUCAUUCUAGAUUUAUUUUUCUGAUAAUUUUUUAGAAAUAAGACGAAGAUUACACAGCUCUAACUUUCUCUACCUUGCUCAUGCAUGUGUUGCAUGGUUUUUUCAGGAAUUACAGAGUUUGUCCCUUAUUUCUUGAAGUUGCAUAAUUAUAAUUAUAGAAAUAAAAUAGUGGUUGUCUUUGUCUUUUCUUCAAAAA